AUGACCAAGAACAUUGCAAUCAAGAAUGGGGACACUUUGCCAGAUACGGCUGCCCAGAAAGUGCUCUCAACUCGCAACCUGGUUGCUGAAAUAAUCAGGUGGCUCGUGGAAAUUCUCGAUCAUUCAGAACGGGGAAAUGGAAAAUAUCACAAGGGUCGCGGCCGUCGUAAUUCACUGUGCGAUCUAGUUACCUUGAACAGACUCUGGUUCGACCAAACCAUCCCCUACAUCUGGAAAGCCCCAACCAACAAAAACAGCUCCUUUCAUCAGCGAUUCGCUAAAGUCAAAGAAGCGCGCCUUCAGACAUACGCCAACUUUGUCGAAUAUGGUCAUUUACUCGCCGUCCCUUUCGACGACUUGGUCGAUAACAAUAGAAUCCUCCGCGGAGUGACUUUUCCCCGACUGAAUCAAAUCGACCUAGUUCUUCGAUAUCGUGAACGGAUACUGUGCUUCCCAAGACUCAGUGCUCCGGCACUGCAGAGCAUACGUAUCCGGAUCGCGUGGAUAUUGAAAUCCAGAGGAUCGGACAAGGUCCAUUUUCGCUUUGGACACGGGACUACGCCGCGAUUGAACCCGCAGUUGGGCCACAGGCUCGGUGGUUGUCUCAAGUCUUAUUUCACGAGCGUCUCGCGUGUCGUCCUCGGGCCUGGCUUGCUGGUUCACCCAAGGACGGUGCAGAGUAUCGGUAGACGCCUUCCAAAUGUCGCUGUUUUCGUCGAUGAUAGCAAGGUUGUUGAGGAGUAG